GCGAGAGAGUGUCAGUGUUGGAGCCAAACACUGAAGGUGGAAACUCGGUCCCAUACACGUGUGUUGUUUUCCAGGAUGAAUUGGCUUCUCCUGAGCGUUGUCCUGGGGCUUGGGUGCUUAAGCCAAGCCCGAGAUGGGGAGGACGGCCGCCUGGUCGCCCGCUACGAGACCAAGACGGCCUUCAUCUUCACCACGUCCACCACCACGGUCCCCUUCACCUGCAUCUCCGGCGCCGAUGCGGCCACGAUCCCCUGUACCAAGAGGAGGCUCAGGAGGACCGCGCCCAUCGGGGACAUGAAGGGAUCCGCCACGGGGUUACUGGACAGCUCCCUGGAUCUCGAGGGCGCGCAGCUGACGGAGGACGCGCCCCGGGACGAACGGGUAGCCUUGACUUUCUGGUCCACUCUCUCCUCCACCUACACCAUCACCUCCACCUCCACCAACUUCGCCACCACGUUCUCCGUCUCCUUCUACUGCACGCUGGCCGGAGCUAUUUACCCCCCCGCCUGUGGAUAAGGGCGUGGAGGGGGAGGAGGCGGGGGAGGGGGAGUGGGAGGUCGUCCAUGUUUUUUGGCGCGAAAACACGAUGGUCGAGGAAAUGACGAUGAUGCUCUACGAUUUUCUUUUGUUCUUUUCUCUCGUUUUCUUCUUUUCUUC